AUGUCAGUGGAACAAUUUGACAAUUUAAAUAGAUUAAAGCCAAAAUUAAAAAAACGUAGUUGUAGAGAACUUCUACCAACGGAGAUACGUAUUGCGGUGACAUUAAGUUUUCUCGCUCAUGGAGAUAGCGUGACCACUACCUCUUUAUUUUAUCGAAUAGGAAGAUCAACUGUAUACAGCAUUAUUCCCGAAGUUUGUAAUGGUAUAUGGGAAGUAUUGCAACCAACAUACCUCCGAUGUCCACAAGAAGCACAUGAGUGGCUAAAAAUCGCAAAUGAGUACAAUAAUAAGUGGAAUUUUCCCAAUUGUCUUGGAGCAAUUGAUGGGAAACACUGCCGAAUUCAAGCUCCACCAAAUUCGGGUAGUGCUUUCCACAAUUAUAAGGGAUAUUUUAGCCUCGUAUUAAUGGCUAUCGUAGAUGCUUGUUAUCGCUUUAUUUGGGUCGAUAUUGGAAAUUAUGGUUCACUGAAUGAUGCUGGAAUCUGGUCAAAUACAACAAUAAAACAAGCAUUUGAAAGUAAUACUCUAUCUGUGCCAGCAGCUUAUCCUGUGCCUAAUACGAAUUAUCCGUUGCCAUUUUCUCUUGUUGGUGACGAAGGCUUCCCACUGAAAACAUAUUUAAUGCGUCCAUACGCAAAAAGAAAUUUACAAAAUAAUGAACAAAAAAUAUUUAAUUAUCGAUUGUCGAGAGCACGCCGAAUUGUCGAGAAUGCUUUCGGCAUUCUUGUAGCACGAUGGCGAAUAUUACAAAAACCUAUAGCUCAGAAAUUAAGUACUGUAGAAAAAAUUUUGCAAGCUAUAACUUGUUUGCAUAACUAUAUUAUAAGCACCAACUUAAACGAUAAUAAUUAUUUACAUGAUGAAAUGAUAGAUAAAGGAGUAGAUGGCGAAAUAAUAUCAGGGAAUUGGCGAAAUGAAAUUAGAGAAAAUGGUUUUAUUAAUCCUUUAGGACGAGUUGGUGCCAAUAUCGGUACAGCUGCUGCUAUGAGACAACGAGACAUUCUUGCUCAAUAUUUUGUUUCAGCAGAAGGGAGUAUUCCAUGGCAGUGGCAACGUAUAUUAUGA